AUGGAAAGCAGCAGAACCCAGGUGUUCUGGUUGAAGUGUUCCGUCAAAGGAGUAACCGAGAACAUCAUCUCCAAGCAGACGUUUCAGGAAGCGAGAACGUUACCUCGCACCUUCAACACUUCCGGGUCAAAGUUUGCGACCUCUGUGACACAGCGUCCGUCAGCCCACCUGACCCUCAGAGACAGCAGUGCUCAAGGGUCUUCUUCGUACCCCACCCCCCAGCCUGACCUCCACCAAUCAUGUCGCCACGCCAUCCGUUCCUGGGCCAAUCAGAGCUUUGGAGCCCAUCUUCACAACAUGACCUUAGCCAAUGGGAGGCUGCGUGUGCCCCAGGAUGGGCGGUACUACCUGUACUCACAGGUGUACUUCCGCUACCCAUCCCUUAAUGAAGGGGACCAACAUACAACCAGUCACCAGCUGGUCCAGUGUGUAUACAAGAAGACUUCCUACCUGAGACCCAUCCAGCUGCUGAAGGGUGUAGGAACCAAGUGCUGGGCCCCAGACGCGGAGUACGCCCUCCACUCUGUGUACCAGGGAGGGCUGUUUGAGCUCAGGGCCGGGGAUGAACUCUUUGUCUCUGUCUCGUCCCCCUCCAUGGUCCAUGCGGAGGAUUCAUCAAGUUAUUUUGGGGCAUUCCGUCUGGACCUGUAAAGAUGGAAACGAGAGGGUGGGAAACCACCAGAAG